UCGAAUAUCUUAGGCGUUAAAAAAAAACAGACAAUCAUGAAUUUUAAAAAUUGUAUACUGUUUUUAUCUUUGUUUGUUCAUUUGUCUACAGCAAAUCUUGGGAUUUGCAAAGAUCCGUGGAAUCUAGACAGACUUUAUACAAAGAUUUUAGAACAAGGCAAAGAUGUUACCAAGGAUACAGUAGAAGAAUACAUAGGACAAAAAAAAGUGAUCGAAAAUUUUGAUAUUUCUGAAUUCGAUAACUAUAAGAUACGUAAUUCAGUGUGGAGUACUAAAAUGUCACCGAACGAAUUUAUAGCAGUAAUAACAUCAAGAUUUACUUUUUGGGAUCUCCAAGAAAUUUAUAACGGAAUCGUCAAAAACCGUCCAGUUACCAAGAGCGCAGUUAAAGAGUAUUUACAGGAGAAACUAGAGCUGGGUGAUAACGAACUGACAACAGCAUUGAAAGAAACUGAUAUGUCAUGGAUCGAGUUUUAUACAUUAAUGAUAUUUAAAGAAUAAUGUAUACGCUACAAUACUGGCCUGUGGAGGAU